AUGUAUAUUGGUCUAGAAUCAUCACAUUUAUUAGACAAAGCAUUCCCAAGAUAUGGACGAUUACCCAAAGGAGUAAGCUAUGUGUAUGAUACCGAGUCUCACGUGCAUGCGUAUAAGUUUUUGAAAGACGUGACGUACAUAACAAUGGAUUCUUCUGAAAUACUGAAUCAAUGUCGAUUCUUUCCGAAUGAAUUUUCAGUGUUUUUUAUUAUCAAACAUAGUCGGACUUACACAGGGAAAGAAUGUGUUUUAGUAAUUGGUGACAACGAUUCAAACAUCAUGUCUAUAGAAAUUAGCAGACGAAACAUAUUUUUUAUAUAUAAAAGUAAAAAAGUGAAAUUUAAAAACGAAUUUCUACGUGACAACAAAUGGCACACUUUAGGAUUCAGUGUAGGAGGAACUCAUGUUACUAUGACAACCGAUUGUAUAAAUACAAAACAUAAACGGUUAAAGAGAAUGUUUCCUGAUAACGUUGACGCAGUUCACAAAACAGUUACGAUAGCCAGUUGUGACAAAAACAAUGGAGUUUUUCAGGGCCAGUUACGUGAUAUCAUAUUUACUCCAGGGAUCGACGCUACAACUAGAGCCUGUCCAUCCAGGGUACCGAGACACACUCACGUGAAUAAUAAAUUACCUAUAUUCCCAGACACGUAUGGAUCGGACUCUCCUGGGCCACAGUGGGAAGAUUGUACCUGGAUGGACGUUGGAAACAUAGCUUAUGACCUCUACGCUAAAUCUCUAAAGGUGUGUGUCAAUGGCAUCUGGAAACAUGUGACCGUGGACGUCAAAGCCGAUAUUCCUAGAAAAUUAGACUAUCUUGAACUCUAUCAAGAAAUAAAAACUCCAGGACCCGGGAUUGACGUCCAUGUUUUUACCAUCGAAGGAGAAGGAAUGUUUGCUGUAUUUGCAAAUACGAGAAAGAAACUUGACGAUGUAUCGGGAUUAUAUAAAUGGAAAAACAAAAAGUUUAUGUUGUAUCAAAAGCUUUCAACAUAUGGAGCACAGAGCUGGACUCAUUUUAAGAUACAAAACGGGUUUUUCCUUGCAGUUGCAAACUAUGGCCUGAAUGACCAACCACAGAGUAAUUCUACUAUAUAUAAAUGGCAUCGUGGGAGAAAGAGAUUUAAAGUUUUCCAGACCAUUCCAACAUGGACUGCAAGAGAUUUUGAAUAUUUCAAAAUAGAUGGAGGGGAUUUUUUGGCUGUAGCCAAUCAUGCCAAAGGUUCAAGUCAGGAUGUUGAGUCUGUUGUUUACAAAUGGAACCCAGCAUCACAAUUAUUUGAAGAAUUUCAAUCAAUAAUGACUACUGGUGCUUAUGACUGGACUUAUUUUACUGUGGAAGGAUAUCAUUUCCUUGCCUUAGCACAAGCUUUUAAUGGCAUUACUACGCUGUUUGAAUCCAGAAUUUAUGUCUUUCAGAAAAAUGGUUUUUACCUUUUUCAAACAAUGGAGACAAAUGGUGCUACUGAUUGGGAAUUUUUUACUAUUUCUGGCUCGGCGUUCCUUAUUGUGGCCAAUGCAUACAACUACGGACCUCAGAAUUUCAAAAACAGAAAUACCUACCUCACAAACUCUUCCCUUUACAGACUCAACAUCGAUAAAAAAGGAUUUGAAAGAUUCCAAGUGUUCCGCACUUACAGCGCUGUUGAUUGGGAAUUCUUCUCCAUUGAUGACAAUUCGUACCUGAUUGUAUCUAAUGCUCAAAAUGGCGGGAAUGAAGAAGAACAGUUAACUACUAUAUACCGGUGGCAAGGAAUGGAUAAAUUCGUUCCCGUUCAUAAAAUGUCUACGCUUCCAAAUACAGACUGGGAAGUGUUUCAUGAAGGAAAUGAUCUGUAUUUUAUUUAUGCAAAUGCAAAGGGGCGGACUUCACAAGUGCUCAAAGCCAGAUUUUAUCCAACGUGAUUCUUGUUCCAAAUCGGAACUAUUCGGCCAUGUUCGUAAACAGCAGUUACGAUCGGAUUUCUCUUUCAAUACGGAUAAGACAAAUUAUAAUGAUCGCCCGAUGUUCUGGAUGAAAUAGAUCUUGACAAAUACUAGUAAUCUGUAAAUAUAUAAAAUCAUGUGCGGGUCAAGAAAGAAGGGGUCUAUGGGUUCAUUAUGAAAAGGACGGUUGCAGUCUAAUUUUCGUAGAUUUAACGAUGAAUAGAAAGUAGGGUAGAGAUUUCUGUCAAUGAUAACGUACGAUAGAAAUUCAUUCACACUUUCUGUUAAAAUAACUUGCACAAUGUACAACCCUCGGCUUGAUCUAAAAUUAGAUACUGAACUUUUAAUGGUAUUUUAAACGUGGUGUACAUUUAAGUUGAAAGUACUAAUGAGUUCCGUAUGGUUGUGUCGUCAUUGCAUUUUAUCCUACAAUCGAGCUUUCUACUAUACAAAUACAGGAUGGCAGAUAACAUGAACCGAUAAACGUAUACUAGACGUUUAUAGUCUCCUGGUAUCCAGCUUCUGUUGCGAGCGGU